GUCAUCUGGUCCUUCACAGUGGAAACACCAUGCUGUUUUAGUUAGAUAGACUUUUGGCCUAAUCCAGUAAAGCUCUACUAAGUUCCAAAGUAAGAUAAUGUGUUUUGUUCUCACAUCAGUUUCAAUAUACUGUAAUGUGACAUUCUUCUUAACUCUCUCCCAAUAUGAUAUUUCUUAAUGUACUACACACACAUACUGAGUCCCUUUGUAGCAUAUGUUAUAUUUGAGUUAAGCCAGCCUAUAACUCAGUCUCCUCCAGAUGUGUUACACUAUAAAUUGGAUUCACCCUUCUCUGUAGCUAAUGGGCAUGCUGGCUGAGGAAGAUGCUAACUGUAGUUUGACACAUCUAGAGGAUGCCUCGUUUGGAUGAGGUAAAAGUCUUUUAAAAAUAUCUAGUUCUUAUUUGUUCCAAGUAUGCUAUUCAGUAGGUCCAUUUUUCUUCUUCAGACAAGUGCAAAGUGGAAUCCAAGGGAGUGUGUUUCAACUUUCUCAGUGUAGCUGCAGGUGAUGUUUAUGGCUUUCAGAUCCUUUCUUCCUCUUUUCCUAGUUGCAAGGCCAGACCACAAACCAAAUAACAUACUUGUCAAGGGGAUGGAGGAAAACGAAAUGCCAGGCCACACUAAGGCAGAGCAAGCUGUGCUGAGUGAGGCUGAGCUAGAGAAGAUUGGCAUAAGGACAAAGGUUCAACCCACCUCCAUUUGUGCCAAGACCCAGAAGAUAAGAUGCUCGGCUUCAAUUGCAAAGUCCUUGCUAUUCCAGUUCCUCCCCAUCCUGACCUGGCUACCACGAUAUCCAGUCAAAGAAUGGCUGCUAGGAGACAUCAUCUCAGGAUUCAGUGUGGGAAUCAUGCAUCUCCCACAGGGUUUGGCCUACGCGCUUCUUGCAGGGCUGCCUCCGGUCAUUGGCUUGUAUUCAUCCUUUUAUCCUGUCUUGACGUAUUUCUUCUUUGGGUCAUCCAGACAUAUUUCUGUGGGCCCCUUUGCAGUCAUCUCUGUGAUGAUUGGGAGCAUGACAGACUCACUGGAACCAAGUGGGAAGUAUAUGGAUCCGGUCAAUGGUACAAAUUAUACCAUUCUCAAUGAAACCAGGAGAGAUGCUGCCAGAGUGGAGCUGGUGGCUGCAGUCACCUUCUUAGUGGGCAUAUUUCAGAUUGGCCUUGGCCUGUUGCAGUUUGGCUUUUUGGCCACCUACCUUUCAGAGCCCUUGGUGCGGGCCUACACUACAGCUGCUGCUAUCCAGGUGCUGAUCUCUCAGCUGAAGUACAUUGUUGGAGUGGAUUUGCAAGAGUAUUCAGGGCCCUUGGCCUUGGUCUAUACCUUUCUGGAACUUUGCUCAAAAUUGCCAAAGACCAAUGUGGGUACCUUGAUCACCUCUCUGGUUGCCAUGACUUCCAUUGUUAUUGUGAAGAUGAUCAACGACAAGCUGGGCAAAAGGCUUCCAGUCCCUCUUCCCAUUGAGCUUCUCACGAUUGUUGUCUCCACAGGGAUCUCCUAUGGUGCCAAACUGAAUGAACGAUUCCAUGUUAGUGUUGUGGGUGACAUCCCUAGUGGGUUGAUCGCCCCUAAAGCCCCUAACAUCAUCUACUUUGGGCAGGUGGUAGGAAAUGCUUUUGCCAUUGCUAUAGUUAGUUACGUCAUUUGUAUCUCUCUUGGCAAGAUCUUUGCACUUAAGCAUGGUUACAAAGUGGACAGCAACCAGGAGCUGAUAGCCUUGGGGCUCAGUAAUUUCAUGGGUGGUUUUUUCCAGUGUUACAGCAUCAGCUGCUCCAUGUCUCGCUCCCUAGUGCAGGAAAACACAGGGGGGCACAGUCAGGUAGCUGCCUUGGUGUCCUCUCUCGUUAUCUUAGUAACCAUCCUGAAGAUUAGUGAGCUAUUCCGAGAACUGCCAAAAGCCAUCUUAGCUGCCAUUAUUCUUGUCAACCUGAAGGGCAUGUUCAAACAGUUUAAAGACAUCCGUACACUUUGGAGAUCCAACUUUAUUGACCUGCUGAUCUGGCUUGUGACCUUUGUAGCUACCAUUUUGCUGAACCUUGACAUGGGACUUGGUGUGGCUGUGGUCUUUUCCCUUCUCACUGUUAUCUUCCGGACCCAGAUGCCCCAUUAUUCUAUUUUGGGACAAGUGUCCAAGACAGGAAUUUACAAAGAUGUAGCUGAGUAUCAGAAGGCUGAUGAGAUCCCGGGUGUGAAGAUUUUUCGCUCUUCUGCUACUGUCUAUUUUGCAAAUGCUGCAUUGUAUGAAGAGGCCCUAAAGAAAAAGUGUGGCUUUGAUGUAGAGCACCUCAUUAAAAAGAAAAAGAAAGCCUUGAAGAAGAAACAAAACAGAGACAAGAAAGAAGAGAAGAAAAUGAAGAAAAUUGCUUCUGCGAUCAAAAAGACACACGAUUCUGGUACCAACAACCUUGCAUUCAUAGAUAUAGAUGUGGAGGCAAAGUCACAGGAACCUGGGGGUGACACAACAGUGAAUGAGCCUAAUGGAAGUGUGAAGGACUGGAAAUCUCAAAACCACAACCAGCAAGAGUCUUGUUACAAGUCUGGAUUGAAGGCCCUGGGACUGGAAAAACCUCCAGUUCACUCCAUUAUAUUGGAUUUCAGUCCUGUUAACUUUGUGGACACUGUCUGCAUCAAGACCCUAAAAAAUAUAUUUAGAGAUUUCCAGGAGAUUGAAGUGGAUGUAUUUCUCGUUGGAUGCAAUGCUUCUGUCAUUUCGCAGCUGGAAAGAGGCAACUUCUUCAGCCAAACUAUCACCAAGCACCACCUUUUUACAUCACUGCACGAUGCUGUUACUUAUGUCACCAGGAACCAGGGAGAGGGAUCACCACCAACUGACAGAGUUAACCCCAGCACAAAAAUGUAAUCAUUGGAAUUGUCUGAACCUUCAUUUCUCAAAGAAGAGCAGGAAACAUCCGCGCAUAUUUAGAAGAGUAAAAAGAAUUACCUUUUGUCAUUGUUGGUACAAAUAAAUGAUGCAGGAUUCCCUACCAUUGUGAAUCCACCAAAGAAAGGAAUACCUAAAAGCCUAAGAUGGCGCUUCCUUAAGACUCUUCUUCAGACUGCAGCAAAACUAAGUGUCUAUCAUUGCUAAAGGCAUGUUAUUCCAUGUGUUUGAGGGCACAGGACCUUCUUGUCCUCCUGUGAACAGACUGCAAGGCACCAAUCAUUCCUGCCAUGGAAGAAUUCCUUUCAGACAUUGGAAGCAUCCGUGAUCUGCUGCAGCAGCUUCUCCCGAGAAGAGGAUUUUCCAUGCACCAUACUUUCACUUGAUUAGUGAAAAAUGCCAUCAACCAAAUCAUCCUCUGCCUAUGGAAAGUGGACAGGCAGAAGAACAAUAUUAUGUUCCUUUUGAGAACAUCUACUCCCCACUUAUUUCUUAUUUCUUAGACAAGAAUUUUAAAACCAUGUCUUAGAAAGCAGGUUAUUCACACCUUGAAUAUGUAUAUCUAUGCCUUUCUGUCUCUCUCACUGUCCAUGUCUGGAUAUAGAGAAUGCACAUGAUUUGCAUGCACAGUCCCAGGUGCAAUCUCUGGUUAAAAAGAUUAGGUAGCAGUCAAUAAUAAAGAUACAUUUCUGUCUAAAACCCUGGAAAGCCAAUACUAGCCACAGAAGGCUAGGUACAUUUGUUCUCUCUGAAUUUUCCCAUUUGAUAACCCUAAUUAUAGUUUACCUAGACACUGCAUAGCAAGGAAAAUGUGGAGAUAACACUGAUAUCUUGUAAAAAAAAAAAAAAAAGAAAAAAAACAAGUUUUCUUUUUUU